AAAUUGUUUAGCUAAUCCCAAAUCUGUAACACAUUUUACCAGCCCAAAAAUAAAGACCCCAAAUGAUUAGAUCCUGUCGAGCUCUGAUCUCCCAGUGCGGAUUACACCUAAGACGAUGUUCUCUUGCAAAGGCAGCAAGUAAUUUGAAAAAAGAUGAUGUCGAAGAAAUGGAAACACCAGCGAAUAGACAGAGGGUUGAGCUGCCACCGAAUCCCGAGGAAAAACUAAGUAAGCGCUAUCUUGCGUUCCGGGAAAAGCUGCGAUCGGAGGCGCCGCUAGAACCACUGCCCGAGUGUGCACCACAUCCGGCCCACGAAAAGGAGCCACUUAAACCGUGGCCCAAUAAUACCAAUCCGUAUACCGGGGAAAUCGGUGGACAAGCGGGACCAGAACCCACGCGCUAUGGCGACUGGGAGCGCAAGGGACGAGUCACGGAUUUCUGAGCGAAGUCAUAUCUUCACCUCGACACCUUUUUGUUUGGACAAUUGUGAUUUAUUAACCGUGUUAACAACAGAAGCACUCACAAUUUGUUACGCUGCCGAUGGGCGAGGAAAACUGUGCGCUACAGUAGCCACGGAAUCCAGAUCAAGAUGAGUAAAAUUCAGAUACCCAGCAGUGCUGCUUCUGCGAAGGCAUUACAU